AGUAUAUCCUGCUAGAUCAUGCCCAAACUGAGUGCUCACGACCGGACGACAAUAGUUCGGGAUCACUAAUUUUUAGUGCAAUGUUGGCAUCCAAGGAUAACUGUAUCCUAGUGACGAUUUACACAGAUAUGCCGCUAGAAAUCCCACAGCAUGUUUUGGUAUGGCCGACCUUGGGUUCUGGGAGCAUGAGUCCUUCGGUCAAGCUGCUUACGAACUACGAGCGCAUCCCAAUAGCAUUGCGUAUAUGCUGGCAUUCAAUCUAUAAAAUGCUCUGGUAUAGCGGAACCAUCACUUAGCGACACUAUGCCCUAUCCGGCGAAUGCGUUCGCCAAUGGCCCGUGCGUCCGAGACCAACACGGUUUCCAAAACAUGCCAUUGGUGC